UCUCACCUUUUUUUUUGGCGCGCACUCUCGCCCACCCUGCCUUCUCUGCCACGCUCCCCGGAACCCUAGUAGAGCGACCGCCGUUCACCGGAGCCGUUCGGCCCUGUCGGAGUUCGUGGUUUCGGUCGCCGGUGUUUGGGAGGCGCAAGGCAGGCAGGCAUGGAGGGAGCAGACGCGCCGCCGCCCGGAACCCCUGGGGCGGGUGAUGAUGGCUCCCGGUCCACGGCUGUGAGCAGAACGGACGACGCCGCCACCGCCGCCGCCAUGGAGCAGCGCUUCGCCGAUCUGUGCAAGAGCAAGCUAGCUCUCAACGAGAGCAUGAUGAGGCAGGCGAUGCAGCUGUUCAAGGAAACCAAGAAAAUCCUCUUAUCCAGCAUGUCGUCCUUGGGCAGUGGAUCGCCUGAGGAGAUCCAGAGGUUCUGGUCUGCUUUUGUUCUUUUCUGUGUUUCAAGGCUCGGCAAAGCAGGUAAGGCGAAGGAAGAUGGUGGCAUCACACUGCACCAGAUCUUGCGGGCAUUUGAAAUCAAACUUGUGGAUUUUUUCAAGGAGAUGCCUCAGUUCUGCAUAAAGGUUGGAUGCGUUCUUACUGGUCUGUAUGGUUCAGAUUGGGAGAAGAAGCUUGAGUUACAGGAGCUGCAAGCCACUGUUGUCCAUUUAUGCUCGCUAGGAAGGCAUUACAAACGCGCAUACCAGGAGCUAUUCCUGUCAAAUGAUGGCAAGCCUGCAGAUAAUCCUUCCGAACCAAAUGCACAACUAGCUUCUGAAUAUUAUCGCUUUGGAUGGUUACUCUUUGUACUUCUGAGAAUCCAAACAAACAGCCGAUUCAAGGAUCUUCUAACAUCCAUAACUGAACUAGUUUCUGUGUUGGCUGUACUUAUUGUUCAUAUCCCUGUGCGGCUAAGGAAGUUCAGUAUUGAGGAUUCAUCCUUCUUUGCUAAAAAGUCAGAUAAGGGAGUCAAUCUUAUUGCAUCCCUCUGUGAAAAACAUCUUACCUCAGCAGAUGAGUUGAGGAAAUCACUGGAGAAGACAAACACUCUCAUAAUGGAUAUUCUUGAAAAGAAACCAUGUAUGGAUGCUUCAGAGUGCCAACAGAACAAUUUGUCCUUUAUUGAUCCAGAGGGCUUGACGUUUUUUAAGAAUUUUAUGGAGGAAGACUCCUUGAAAUCAAGUUUGCUGAUCCUGGACAAGGAAUACGAGAAUGCAAUUAACACAAAAGGAGAGCUAGAUGAGCGCAUGUUUGCUAAUGAUGAUGACAGUUUCCUUGGCAGUGGAAGUCUCUCAGGAGGUGCCAUUAAGUUGCCAGGCACGAAGAGAAAGUAUGAUGUUCUGGCCUCACCUUCAAAAUCAGCAAUAAGCCCAAGUCCAAUGUCUCCUCCACGAUUCUGCGCAUCACCUAAUGGAAAUAGCUUUGGCAACUCAAAGAUGGCCCCUCCUCUCACCCCAGUGAGCACAGCCAUGACAACCGCCAAGUGGCUUCGGAGUACAAUAUCGCCCCUUCCUUCAAGGCCUUCUGGGGAGUUAUUGCGCUUCUUCUCGGCAUGUGAUAAGGAUGUAACAGAUGACAUUACACGCAGAGCUGCCAUUAUACUUGGAGCCAUUUUCACAGGCAAUUCUUUUGGUGAGCGUAUGUGCACUACUGUGCGAAGCACAAAUGGGUUCGAUGCAAUCUGGACAGAGCAAAGGAAAAUGGAAGCUCUUAAGCUGUAUUAUAGAGUCCUGGAAUCAAUGUGCAGAGCAGAGUCACAUGUCUUGAGUGGGAGCAAUCUUACAUCACUUCUGUCUAAUGAGCGAUUUCAUCGGUGUAUGAUUGCCUGCUCUGCUGAGUUAGUUCUGGCCACUCACAAGACGGUCACAAUGAUGUUCCCAGCUGUGUUAGAGAAAACUGGCAUCACAGCUUUUGACUUGAGUAAAGUCAUUGAGAGCUUUGUUAGGCAUGAAGAUACACUUCCACGAGAGUUGAAGCGUCAUCUGAAUUCACUUGAGGAACGUCUUCUCGAGAGCUUGGCAUGGGAGAAAGGCUCCUCAAUGUACAACUCCUUAAUUGUUGCUAGACCAACAUUGUCUGUUGAAAUAAACCGGCUAGGUUUACUGGCCGAACCAAUGCCAUCACUUGAUGCGAUUGUGGCGCAUCAUGAUAUUUCACUGGGGGGCCUUCCACCUCUUCCAUUUCAAAAGCAAGAACGCUCACCAGAUAAAGAUGAAGUUAGAUCGCCCAAAAGAGCAUGUACUGAAAGGAGAAAUGUGCUGGUGGACAGCAAUUCAUUUAGAUCACCAGUCAAGGAUACCAUCAAAUUAAAGAUACUACCUCCUCUUCAGUCAGCAUUUGCAAGCCCAACAAGACCUAAUCCUGCAGCAGGAGGAGAAACAUGUGCAGAGACAGGAAUAGGUGUAUUCUUGAGCAAGAUAGCAAAACUUGCAGCUAUCAGAAUCAAAGGGCUCUGUGAAAGAUUGCAACUUCCUCAGCAAAUUUUGGAGCGAGUAUACUCCCUUGUCCAACAAAUCAUCAGCCAACAAACUGCUCUGUUUUUCAACAGGCAUAUUGACCAGAUUAUACUGUGCAGCAUAUACGGAGUUGCAAAGAUAUCUCAACUGUCCCUUACAUUCAAGGAGAUUAUCUUCAGCUACAGAAAACAGCCUCAAUGCAAGCUACAGGUUUUCCGUAGCGUUUUUGUUCAUCGGCCAUCAAGAAGCCGCACUGGGAAAACAGGAGAGGACCAUGUCGAUAUUAUCACUUUCUACAAUGAAGUAUUCAUUCCUACCGUCAAGCCCUUGUUGGUGGAUCUAGGAUCUGGAGCCAGUCCAAACAAAAACAACGGAGAAAAAAAUGCUACUGAUGCAGUUCCCUUUCCAGAAUCUCCUCGGCUGACUAGAUUUCCAACCCUUCCUGACAUGUCUCCAAAGAAAGUUUCUGCUACUCACAAUGUAUAUGUAUCCCCUCUACGGUCAUCAAAGAUGGAUACUUUGCUUUCGCCAAGCUCCAAGAGCUAUUAUGCGUGCGUCGGGGAGAGCACCCACGCAUUUCAGAGCCCUUCCAAGGACCUCAAGGCAAUCAACACGCGCCUAAACAGCGGGAAGAAAGUCAGCGGAAGGCUCAACUUCGAUGUCGUCAGUGAUCUGGACGUCGCCAGAAGUCUCAGUGACCAGAAUGGCGCCUCCACCUCAAUGGUGGUCCUCGGUGCCAGAAGUCUCGGUGAUCAAAAUGGCGGCUACACCCCGAUGAAGGUCCUUGCUGCCAAGCCGCCGGUGAAAUGCGAGCAGACAGACUCUUAGGUUCCUCUGCUAGGUGUCAUUUUGAUCUAAUGGUAGAUAGUUUAGAAGAAGCCCCUUUUUCUCAUAGCUCUUUAUCUUCCCUGACAUGGGGGUCCCUUUGUGAGCAGCUCCCUCUUUCCUCCUGUGAUAUAUAAGAAAGGCUGCCCUGAGAGCUCCCCUAACAUGGCUUUGAGCCUCUCUUUUCAUUUUUAUUUUCUUUGGAAGAGUUCAUGCUAAUUUAGUGUAAUAAGCUUUCAGUUUUGUAAAUGAAAGCACUGUUUUUCUUUGUCA